AUGGCUUCGAUUUUAAAACCAGGCCAAAUCCUGAAAGGUCGCCUCUCGACAUACUCCCUAGUAAAGGAAUUAUAUAAAUCUACCGACAAUGGUGUCGUGAAUUGCGAGGAAGAGAAAUGCAUCCUCAAGAGCGUCCCAAAGCAUUGGCGCUUACAGAAUGAGUCCGCCAUUCUGAAGCAAUAUCAAUCUAAAACCACUCAUUUACGACCACUAUUAGACGAAAUUCAACAACCAUCCGAACCGUCCAGUAUUGUCUUGCAAUAUCUAGAUACGGAUCUAUUAAGCGCAUCUAACAAGGAGCGAUUAUCACGGCCCAAAAUCAAGCAAGUUGCAAAGAGCAUUCUUGAAGCUCCGAGUGUGUUCCAUAAGGAUGAACUAGUACACACAAAAGGCCAAUUAAUCGGUGCUGCCAUCAGUCGUAGUCCAGAAGCCGCUUUCCAACUUCAUUGGGGUACAGCUACUGAUAUAUGGUCAUUCGGUAACGCGAUCUUAAGCCUGAUUUAUGGCGGGGACUACCAUUUAUUCAAUCCGGCCAUUGAAGGAUAUAAGCUGGAAGAUGAAGAAUAUUUAUACACGGUUCUCAAACGCAUGUAUAAAUUCUUCGGCCCCUUUCCUAAGUCGUAUGAUGACUUCAAGGACCCCGAUGUGAUCAGGGUCGUCAAUGCACUCCAUCUUAUGGGUCCUCCAGAGAAGCCGUUCCAUCUUGUUACGUCUAGAGAGAUCUCACCUGUAGACAAGGAAUUUGUCCUUAAGAUUAUGAAAUUGGAUCCAAGGGAUAGGCCGACGGCAGAACAAUUGCUUGCUGAUGAUUGGUUUACAGAAGAGUCCGAAGACACGAGAGUGCCCCUUUAG